AACUUGUACGAAGUUGACGUUCGUGCACGUGAGCUUUUGUAAGAAAUAUUUUUGCUACAAACUGUCGCUACAAUGACGGACGUGCAACAAACGGAACAGCACACCCGCGUAUCUUCCGAAACGGAAAACACUACACCCGUAAAAAACGAAGCUGUCGGCGGUGGUUCCUCCUCCGAUUCGUCGACGAAGAAAAAGAAAAGCCAGCGAUCAAAAGCCACCCAUCCACCUACAUCCGAAAUGGUGAAUAAUGCGAUUAAGACUCUUCAAGAACGCAACGGUUCGUCGCUUCAAGCUAUUAAAAAGUACAUGGCUUCUAAUUACAAAGUUGACGCUGAGAAGAUGGCUCCGUUUAUUAAGAAAUUCCUGAAGACCGCCAUCGCUGCAGGCGCUAUUGUCCAAACUAAAGGUAAAGGUGCGUCAGGAUCGUUUAAACUGCCAUCGGUCUCUGCAAAAAAGUCUAGCAGAGCAAGGACUUCCUCCCUUAAAAAGAAACCUGCCGCCGCCGUAUCUAAAACGGCCAAAGCUCGAGCUAUCUCUACGAAGAAAUCCUCCUCAGCNUCUUCGUUGAGCUCAGAAAUCAUUUCGGUUAAAAGAGACAUGUGUUUUAAAAUUAUUUGUUUCUUUGAUAAGGUUUCGAUCAUAUUAUUGGUUUUAUCGUUGAUUUUAUUAAUUUUCUUUAUAUUGGAAUUGAUUACGUCUUCAUUGGUUUGUAACAAUUGGGCUGAGUUAUUAUAA